AUGUUUUGGCUAGGUGUCAUGUUUGAUACUCUGAGUGCUGCAAUGUACCAGCGUCCUCUAGUAGUGUCGGACGAGGAUAGUGAAAUUUCAUCGGCAUCACGGGCAAUAGCUGAGCCCGAAGAUCAGACAGGUCUUGAUCACUGGAACAUUCCAAACCGCGAGAUACGUCGCAAACAAGAUGUGUGGGGAGAUUUAUUUCUUCGUUCUUCAAUGGAACGCCAGGGAUCGAGCCAGGUCCAGCCGAGAUGGCCAUGCUCCUACGAAGAAGCUGCAUCGAUACUUUCGGAGGCGACUCCUGUCAAAGUACUUCUCUACCGCCGAGUGACACAGCUCCAGACACUGGUUUACCGAGGCGCAAGUCCUGAUGAAAUUGAAAAUAGCAUCCAGAAAGCCCUCUUAGUCUGCCAACGCUGGGAUUCCACAUACCAGAGUUUCAUGGUCGAUUGCGUCACCAAUCAUGAGCUCCUUCCUUCUCGCAUACAGUCGUGGUAUGUCAUCCUCGACGGCCACUGGCACCUUGCUGCGAUGCUUUUGGCGGACGUCCUAGAGAGCAUUGACAAAUGCAGGCUCGGUUCUGAUGUUGCACGCGAGGCACGCCAGGCUACACACUUGGUCGCUACGGUUAGGACGAAUAAUGCGUUGGCAGUUGCCGGACUUGCCCGAGCUUCAAUACAAGGGCAGGACUCGUUCGUGGAGCGUCAUUUCCAUGAUUCACUCAGUGAAGUGGCCUUCCUAGUCGAACCGUGGACAGCCGUGCUUGUCCAUUCUUUUGCCAAAGCGGGAUAUAUCUUGCUAGAAGAUUUGGAUAUUCCCACUGAUCACAAUGUGUAUACUGAGUGUUUACGACAGAAUUGUGAUUUCUUGAUCCGUGCGCUUCAAUAUCUCGGAAGAAAGUCUGAUAUGGCCUUUUUGGUGGCUCGGAAUCUGUCAAAAUGUUUAAAAUCAAAGGUUAACUGA